GUUCGACGAUCAGUCCGCGCGAGACGCUUCAAGCGCAAAGAUCGCUCUCUUUCGCGAUCGCGAUCGCGAUUCUUUAUCUUUUUACUUUAUCUUCGUGAGAGUUCACCGGCGUUUCAUCGGAUUUUGUGUCUUACGAGUAAUCAUUGAUACGAACAGACGAACGAAAAGACAGAGAAACAGGCAAACAAAGAUAUAGAAAAAGAGAACAACGUUAAUCACGCUGCUACAAUUAAGUUGAAACUCGUGAAAUGGUGAUAGGAACGUUACCUAACAUAUCAUUGACCAUGCCGUCGGGAAGGAAAAUCCCACGAGUCUGUAGCUUGACGGUUUAUGACGUCGAUUCUCGUGUAUCGCAAAUAGAAGAAAAUCCUGGCCUGAUCGAUGGCACGUCGUCAUCGAAUGAAAACAGCAGUACGGAAAAUUCUUCUUCAGGACACUCGCCAUUGGACAGUCCAGGUGGUAUUAGAGAAAGAAUUAAACAAAUGCAAGUCGAAGCCGAAAUUCGACGAGACGAGUUUGCUAGGUUGUUGGAAGAACAUGCUCAAGUCGUAAGAAAAUUAAAAAUGAUGGAAGCGGAAGAACAACUAUCUUCGACGCACGUCGAUGGUACUGCUACUGGAACUGGAACUGGGACCGUAGUUGCUAGUACGCAUGCGUGAUUCCACCCGAUUCCUCCCGAUUCCGCCCGACUCAGCGCGAUUCCGCCCGAUUCCGCGCGUCGACAAAUUCUCUUUUUAUACUCACAAUUAUUAGAUAUAUAUAUAUAUAUAUGUGUGUGUAUACAUGCAUACAUCAUACAUCAUACA